AUGCUCGACCACUUGCUGCCACUCAUUUACCCUGAGUUUGAGUACUUUGAUGAAGCGAAUAAGGAAAAUCUUGGCUAUUGUAUCCGUCGACGUACUCGACCCGUAUCUUCUCAAGUAUCUACGCCGUCUCGGACACCUCCACGUCCUCCCAGACGCACUAACAGCAUCAACAUCGACGGUGGUGUGGUUUCCAACCGCAGACUUAAGCGUCGACGAGAAAUUUCGGAUGACGGCAGCGAAGAGCACAGAGAUGCUAAGAAACAGCACAUAAGGGGAGAUAUUGAACCAAUAGCCAAAAAGAAACAGGUGAAGCAAGAGAAAUUUGCAGUCAAACAAAAAGUGAAUGGAGAGCAAAGACACAUGGAGCCAGUGUCACCUUUAAAAAAGAUGCAGGAACCCAAAAUGUUGGCAAAGAAGGCAGCCGUGAAGACCAAAAAGAGUAAAAAGAACAAACAGACAAAGGUGACGGAACAUUCCACGCAGAAAAAGACAAUUCAAGUGUCCAAGAGUGCAAAACCAAAGCGAAUGCCGUUGCAGGAUAUCACUCAUCUCUAUGUGAACGAUCAUACACGUUCGUAUUCGUAUCAGCAGCGUGAACGCUUUGUAGCAGGACUGUCUACUUCUGUCGCUAUUCGUUUCUUAUAG